AUGCAAUCAACCGGCAUUUUCGGUGACCCGACCUCCGAACUUACUUAUUUUGGUAAGACCCUCCGGGAGCAUUCCCCUCAAGGGCCAUUCAAUGGCACUGCGAGCAAUGGCAUUGAGAAUCUCACCCUCCAAGUCUCCGGGCUCUCAGCGGCUUGCGCACUCAACAGUAGCGGGUCUCUGAGCGCUCAGGGGCUUGCGCACAGGAUUCAAAUUCCAGAUCAUCAAAGAGCUCUUGAGACAUUUGACUUAGAACGUGUGUCCCUCGUGCCCUUCGCCCACGAAAAGAACUCGAUCAUGAACUGA